CUACAUUUAACAUGAUAAGACAGUAUAAAUAUUAGAAUCAUUUAAGAAAGAACACGAUCAAUUUUCAUUAGUGUGUGUUUAACCGUUGGAAGAGUUAUAUCAAAAUGUUUCAGACAUCACCACAAGUAAACAUGCUGAAGACAUUCUUCAUAAAUAUUGUGGCAUGGAGCGUUUUACUCCCUGCAGUGGCGUUUUUCGCCGUAUAUAGGAAAAUUGUUGAUAUCAUACUACGGAUGAUACAUGGCGAAUUGUAUGGGGGCCUAUUCAACUUGAAUGAUACGGUUUUCUUUUGGAACGACGUUACAUCUAUUUAUCUGACCACCGUAUUAUAUAUUAAGAGUAAACGCGAAAUUGACCUCUUAAGCAACGUGCAGAAUGUAAUAAGGAAACAGAUAUUUGGUAAUCCAGACGCGUAUCCGAAACUAACAGGGACAAAGUGCUCAUUUGGAGGAUAUUCCUACUGGAAGAAGUAUGGCUGCCAGCCAGAUUCUGUGGUACAAUCUCUAAAACUGCCAAAGAAUGAAAAAUUCAGUGAAGAAUACUUGAAGAAAGCUACUGCUGAAAUCAUUGAAAAUAAAAUUGAUAACAAUGACUCUGUAUUGUGGAACUUCUAUAUCAGCGAGAAACCGCUUGAAGAUUUUAGUUCGGAUGGUUCCUUUUGUUAUCCAAUAGUAGCUCGAUUUCAUCACUCCAUCGCCGAUGGUACUUCGCUGGUUGCCCUGUUUAUUCGGCUCUUUGGUGACAGUAAAGCCCAAAAUUAUACCGAAGAAUUAUUUAAAAAAUUAAUAAAGCCACCUAUUGCCCAUCAUCAUCAUAAAAUGGGAAUCGAGUCGCUUGCAACACUUGUGAAAAAAAUUAUUAGAACUAUUCAUUUUGCGCUCGAUCUUGUGUGUUUUGCAUUUGGAAGACUUAUUCAAAAUAGUCAGUUGAGGGUACACGAUGUGAAUGGCUUACACCGUACCAGUUACUCUGGCGAAAAAAUUACCGUUUGGGCUGAUGAAUCGGAUUGUUUGAUGAUGGUGAAGAAAAUAAGAGAGCGAACCAAAUCGAAAUUUACUUGCGUAAUUAGCACUGCAGUAGCAGCGAGCAUGACGGAUUACUUAAAAAGGAACAAGUUACCUGUACCAGAACAGACAUCUGGAGUAAUGGCAUUACUUCUGCACUUCCCAUCAAUAGAUCCAAUUAAACCUGUCGUAUUAGAGAAUAAAGCUGCUGGUCUUUGCUACUCGCUACCAUGCCAUACAUCCAACAAUAUAUUGGAUUUCUUACGAAAUGUUACAGCAUCAAUGAACGAACAGUUAAAAUACACCGAUGCCAUCAUUUCCUCCUUGCUGCUCAGAUACGCAAUGGGUUUUGUGCCAGUUAAAUUUAUUGACAAUUAUUUGGGAUUCGACGCUCAAACUUUCCUGCUCACCAACAUACCAGGUGGUUCUAGAAUCGAGAUGUUUGAUGGAUGCAUUUUGGAAAAAGUGGUCCCUGUAGCUCCCAAUGUCAAAGGAAUUGGCAUUUCAUUCGGAAUUAUCAGUUAUGAUAAUAAACUCCAAAUCGGUGUAACAGUAGACAAAGCUAUAACUACCAACCAAGAAGAAGUACAAAAAAUUGCAAACGACUUCUUUCGAAAUAUUCGCCUUCUAGACGUUGCAUCUAAAAAUAGUUGCUGAUUUAGCUGAAACUUUAAUUUAUAUUAUUUUUUAUGUGCUAGUUAUGUUUAUUAAUAGUAUGUAACUGUGAAUUUUAUAGGAUUAGAAUAUUUAUUAAAACUAGAAUUUAGUUCAAUGUCUUUACACAUGCUGACGUCUUUUUAUCUAAUGUAGGUUUAUGAAGGAAAUGAACUGUGAAUAAAGAAGAGAUAUUUGAAAA